GUUUUUGAUUAUCAUAAAUUCAUAAAUCAUGAAUCAUAAUGUCAUAGUCAUUCUCAUAAAUAAUAAAAUAACUCAUCAUAACUCAUAUUUUUAUAGUACGAUAUUAUUAACUUUUAUAUGUUUGUGACCGUUCAUUGUUUACAUUCCGUCUGACAUAGAACACACACACUGAACUCUAUACUCUAGUUCAGUGAACACACAUCAUAAUGUUAGCAUUUAUAACUUUUGGAAUCAUAACUUUGUCGUUUGUUUUAGCUACAAUUUUCAAAUUUAAAUUCGUAGCCAAGAAAAAAUGCCUACUUGGUCGUCAUGUUAUAGUCACGGGCGGUUCCAGUGGUAUUGGUAAAUGCAUUGCUAUAGAAGCUGCUAAGAUAGGAGCAAAUGUGACUAUUGUUGCAAGAAAUGAAAAUAGACUUCGUUCAGCAUUGGAAGAAAUUAAAGGGAAAUGUUCAGAUAAGAAUCAAAAGUUCAACUAUUUGUCUGUUGAUUUAGCGGGUGAUUACAGUAUGGUAGAAAAAACUUUUAAUAAUGCAAUUGAAGAUAAUAUGGGACCUUUAUAUUUGUUCAUAAACUGUGCUGGUAUGGCUAUUUGUGGAACGUUAGAAGACAGUUCCACUAGUGAUAUAAUGCAAAUGAUCAAUACUAAUUUGAUAUCUACGAUUCAAGCCACUAAAGCAAUAGUGAAUAAAAUGAAACAAAAUGGUUAUGGAAGUAUUGUUAUAACUUCAUCACUAGCAUCUUUCUGUGGUAUUUACGGUUUAAGUAUAUACUGCGCCACAAAAUUUGCAUUAAGAGGGUUUGCUGAAGCUUUGAGCAUGGAAACAAAGAACUUUGGAGUAAAAGUGACAUUGGCCUUGCCUCCUGAUACAGAUACCCCAGGAUAUGCUAACGAGUCAAAAAACAAACCACUGGAAACAUUGCUGAUAUCUGAGACAGCCAAAUUGUUUACACCAGAAGAAGUAGGAAAUAAAAUUCUUCAAGAUGCAUUAGAUGGACAUUUCUUUAGCACUGUUGGGUUUGAAGGUCUCAUGAUGACUAUUUCUUGUGCUGGAAUGGCGCCAAACACUUCUUAUUUAAAAUUAAUAUGUCAGGUUUUUGGUGCUGGAAUUUUAAGGCUGAUAACUGUUUACUAUCAAACUAUGUUUGAUAAAAUAAUUAUAAAAUGUAAAUUAGAUAGAGAAAACGUUAAAAAUAAUAAAACACUAUAAAAUAAAUUUA